UACCAAGGUUUAAUCAUAUACGUUUUUGUUGGCCAAAGUAAGAAAUGGCCAGUAGUAAUUUGAAAAUUAUUAACUAGUGCAUAGGAUGACUCAAAUUCAAAUGUUAUUUUUAUCAAUAUUAUGUUGUCUGGCGAACUGAAAGCUCUAUGUUUAUGUGCUGCGAUUCAUCGAUCUAUCCCACUGCUAUCGGCCAAUAUCACGACGACGUUGGUAUCGAUGUUUAUAGUUGUAUCGAUCCGCCCACCAGGUUCGGAAGUUGGCGCGAUGGCGGAUACCCAUGAAACCGUCCGUAAAAAACAGAAAAUGUCCAAAGUUUGGGAUCACUUCAGACUUAAAGAAUAUAACAUAGUGCAAUGUGACCACUGCCAAGCAGAACUGGCCUUCCACAGCAGCACGUCGACGAUGAUUUCCCAUCUGAACCGAAAGCAUCCAAUUGUGGUCUCCAGCUCAACGGGCGUCGACGACGCGAGCACACCACUCGGUCGCCCAUUUAUGUCAUGCUCUGUCAAAGAAGCUGCCUUACUAACGGAGAGCAUUUUGAAUAUGCUGGUCGCUGAUAUGCGCCCACUGUCCAUGGUUGAUGACAAGGGAUUUAGAAAGAUGAUUUCAACUUUCAACCCUAAGUACAGCAUGCCAUCAUUAACUUAUUUCACAAAUAUGAUGGAAAAGAAGCACCAAGAAAUGACAGAGAAAUUAGAAAAUGUCCUUCAGGACACAGAGUGUGUUGCUUUGACCACAGACUUCUGGACAAGUGUGGCCACGGAGGCCUAUCUCGGGGUGACGUGUCACUUUUUGGGGGAAGAUUGGGAGAUGAAGUCCCUCUACCUAACAACGAUGCGUCUCGAAGAGAGGCACGCAGCUGCCGAUAUUGCGGACUGGCUGGAGGAGACUGUCGCCAAAUUUCAUAUUCCAUUCACAAAGGUCAAGGCAGUUGUCCAUGACAAUGGGGCCAACGUAGUGGCGGCGGCAGGAAUUUUGGAGGACAGGGAUGGCUGGGCAUCUCUGAGAUGCUCAGGGCACACUCUGAAUCUAGUUGUACAGAGCACGCUUAAAAACAAAGACACCAUUGCUAAUUGUGUGGAUUCUGCAAGAUGCCUGGUUGAACAUUUUAACAAGAGUGAACUGGCCUGUAACAAACUGAAAGAAAAGCAGCAAGAAAUGGGAAUGGCGCCACUCAUGUUGAUUCAGGAUGUAAGUACUCAGUGGAACAGCACAUAUCACAUGCUGUCCAGGCUCCUCGGACAAAGAUGGCCCGUGACCGCGGCUCUUUCCGAUCCUGAAGUCAAUACAAUAGCCAAACAGCACUACCUGGAUCUAAAUCCAGAGCAGUGGAGCCUCGGUGAGGAGCUGACUCAGGUCCUUGGCCCAUUUGAAGGAGUGACAGAGUUUCUGAGUGGGGAACAAUAUGUUACUCUCUCUGCUCUUCCACAGCUGGUGCACAACCUCAAGAAAUCAACACUGAGUGCGGCAUUUAAAACUGCCUCAGUAAGGGCAUUCCAGGCUCAAGUGGCAGAACAGAUCACAGAGAGAUGGCAAAAACUGUUUUUAUUUCAACCGGAAGGUCCUAACACUGUCCUCCUGGCUGCCGCGUUGGACCCGAGGUUCAGAAAACUGAAGUUCUUGCCUGCUGAAGAUGUGUUUAAGGUCCAAUGUACAAUCCAAUCCAUGGCACUGGCUGUCAAAAAGAAAGCAAGAGAGUCAAAUGAAAGCGGAAAUCAAGUCACCGCCAAAUCAAAAGACUGUUUAGGUACCAAAUAUGGAUCAUUGCUCAAAAGUAUGCUGGGCUCAUCAUCAGACUCCAGCAGCAGCAGCGAUGAGGAAAAUGAGGAUGAGAAUGAGCAGCUAAAUCAAGCAGUGCAGAGGGAGGUCUUGCAGUAUUUUGGAGAACCACCUCUCUCCAAGAAGGAGAAUCCACUACCAUGGUGGAAAACAAAUGCCAUUCGAUAUCCGACCUUGGCAAAGCUGGCCAAGUCGUUUUUGGGUAUCCCGGCGACAUCGACACCCUCAGAGCGUUUGUUUUCUACUGCUGGAAACAUUGCCUCUAAGCGGAGGGCAAGCCUUAGUUCUGAGCAUGUCGAUAUGUUGACUUUUCUUCAUUGUAAUCAUAAGAUCUUGUAAUGUCUUGCAGUUCUAUGCAAAUGCAUCAAGACAAAACACACACAGGCUCACCCUACCUACCUCAUGGUGCCUUUCAGAAGUUUAGCAAGUGAUUACAACUACUAAGCCUAAAUGGCCUGGAACUUUAUUUUUUUCAUAUGUUGACCCAAACUGUGUAUUGAAUAAGUUUUUAAACACAAAGUGAACUUGCCUUCCUUUGAUUUUUCUCUAUGGCACUCAGUGAACAAUGUUUCGGUGUCCCAGUUAUAGAAUUAGAUUUUUCACUUGUUGAAUGAAGGCGGCACGGUGGAACGACUGGUUAGAGCGUCUGCCUCACAGUUCUGAGGGCUGGGGUUCAAAUCCCGGCCCCGCCUGUGUGGAGUUUGCAUGUUCUCCCCGUGCCUGCGUGGGUUUUCUCUGGGCACUCCGGUUUCCGCCCACACCCCGAAAACAUGCGUGGUAGGUUAAUUGAAGACUCUAAAUUUCCCGUAGGUGUGAAUGUGAGUGCCAAUAGUUGUUGUUAGCGGCUGUUCCCUGCCGCCUGCCCAAUGAUAGCUGGGAUAGGCUCCAGCAUUCCCGCGACACUUGUGAGGAUAAGCGGCUCAGAAAAUGGAUGGAUGGACUUGUUGAAUGAACUUUUUUACAACUUUCUAAUUCAUUGAAAUGCACUUGUAGAUGCCACUCAUGCUUUAAAAAUUAUACAAAUUUCAAAUACCUUUUCAAACAAUAAUGCCCAAUUUUUACUGCACUGCUUGAUAUUGAGAGGAGCUAUUCAUAUUUUUUUCUCCAGAUAAGCAAAAUUCCACCGAUUAGCUGUAGUAAGACUUGCCAGCUGAUUACGACUGGACUCAUCUACACCUAUGUUGUAAUUUGUUUGUGCAGUCACAAUUGAGACAGUGCAGUAAGAGGUGUGUGCAGCUCCCAAUAGGUCAGUACUAUCAAUAUCUGCGAACAGAAAGCUAGCAUAGUAAGAAUUAAGAGGAUCUGUGCAAUAUCCUUUGUAAAGCAUAAUAGUGUUAAAUAAACACUGCAGUCACA